UACUAUGAGCUGCAUCCAAUUGAUCCACUCCCUUCACAAGCUACGCAGGCACUCAGUCCUGACCCCGCUACGUCCAAUCGCAUACACAUCGCUUCAUGACAGUACAAGCUUGCGGAUAGCAGUGUGUGGUGGUGCGGCCUACCCGAACUGCUAAGCUUGUGAUUACAUCCACGGCACCCCUCAAGAGCUUGCCUCCAUCACCCUACGUCCCGAUUUUCGAGCGUCACCUACAACACCACGCAACGGUGACUCCUUACCGCAACAACGGGCACAUUGUACGCAUAUUCAAGGCUUCUGGACGCUCGCAAUUGCACUGAGGGCCAACCGGGCCUUCUCUGCUAGCGACCGCCAGGAUGCCUUUAACCCCGGAGCAACAUCGUCGCCCGAAGAAAGAAGACCUGCCACCAUGGCCAAAGGAGUUCGACCAGCAGCUGCAUUGGAUAUGGCGUGUUUAUCGAAGAGACAUUGCUACAGCUGCGGCGAGCGCAACGAGCAUCAUCACGACUUACCCACUCGACACGAUCAAGACAAACAUGCAGACAGAUCCUAAGUACACAUCCGUUGCGAACAUUGCGGGCCGUAGCAGGAUCUUUAACUCGCCAACCGUACAAUGCUGCUUGGACAUGUUCAAGCGAGGAGGCAUCCGCGAAUUUUAUCGAGGCGCCAUCCCGCCCUUCUUUGGUGUUGGCAUCUACAGGCUUCUCAACAUGGGAGCCUAUCGAGAGUCAAAGUGGGCAGCGGACAACCUCGUCUAUGCCUUCACAGGCGUUUCCCCUCUCGCUGUUGUCAACACUGUAGGUUCUAAGCCAACAGCUCAUACGGUCAUUUGCUUCACUGUAGCGGGAGCUAUGGCUGGAGCGGCAAGCUCUGUGUAUACGUCACCCAUGGAGCUCAUCAAGUAUGCCCAGCAACUGGCUAAGAAAAUCGCAGAGGAGAAGACAGGUCAAGGUAUGAGUCAGGCCGAACAGAGGCUGCGGCAAAGCUACGGCGACCAGCGCAGCAUGAUCGCCAUCGGCAAGAUCAUCCACAAAAACUUUACAUGGCGCGGCUUCUACUUUGGCUUCAAGUAUCAUCUGGUCCGUGACACUUUCGGCGGAGCCUUCUACUUUGGCACCUACGAAUGGGUCAAACAUACACUUGGACCCCAACAAGGCAGAGAAGCGUCGCACGGUCUCUCCGUGUUCUUUGCUGGUCUCACAUGCGGCGCUGUUUCCUCUGCCGUGUUGAUGCCAUACGACACAGCGAAAUCUCGCUAUCAAAAGGAGUGUCUCUCUAGCGUUACGCGUCCCACGUUUCCCGAGUAUUCGUGGGUUCGCAACCUUCGCGCGAACUAUCCCGGCUUUGCAAUCACAAUCGCACGGUCGGGCCUUACUCAUGGCAUCUUCUUUUUCACUUACGAAUCGAUCAAGCGUUACAUCGAGUCUGAAAGCUUUGGCGAGGCCAAGAAGCUCUGAAAUGGGCAAAUGGAUAGGGAUUGACGAAUGAUUCUUAUGAAAAUUUAGGCAUAGCGAUGGCGUUAUUUUGGGUGAUUUUCGCAUGACUUGGGGCGGCUAUAUUUGCUCACAAGGGGCGCUGUCUAGCCUGCUGUAGGUACAACAGGACGCCUGCAUCUGCCGGGUAGCGGGAUGAGAGGACAGGAGUACAUGUACCAGCGAACCUAAAGUCCUUGGUUCAGCGAUGGAAUAUUGGCUGGAUUCUUGAUCACAUGAUCGUAUGUGAUUGUACAUAUGGAAAUCUUACAAUCAGCACCAAAGUCGAGCUAAACUACUCGAUCUUGAUCAGUCCUACGUCCUGCGUCCUUUGUCUUCACUCACCACGUGCCUAGACAGAGUUUAGCUUCACGUUCAGGCCUCCGAAUCCUUCGGUUUUGGCGAGCGCGCCUCUCCGCACUGCCGCCUUUCCCAACUGCGGACACCAGCCCAGCCACAUCCCGGAUUUACAGCCACCCAGUCGGCUACAACAGCGAAAGGGGCUGAAAAAUCAAGGAUCAUAGCAGCAUCGAGAGUCGGAAAGCAGCAAUACACGGGUAUGCAUCCCUGAACGGGACCUCUCACUGUCAUUGGCCGGUGUACUAUCUACAGUUGUUGUGGCCAGUCGCCUACGGGCUGGAGUUGUGUCCGGGUUCGUUGUAACACUGGACGAGUCACGCGAGAGACACUCAAAGGCAGCGGUCAGGGAAAACGAGAAAACCGAUCAGCGAAAGCAGGAAAUCUGUGUUUCUUGCAACGGCGAGCCGUGCGUGCAACACUGGGGACAACGAGCCGUGGGGAGGAGAGUUGAGCGCGCUCAAUGCAUUGACGUUGGGUCGAGUUUCGGGACCGUGCGGUUUGUG